CCUCACACCGUUAUCACGCGCAUCGGGCUGCCGGAGAGAUACAGUACCGUACAGUUGUCAGAGGGAGGAUUCGGGCUUUCCCGUUACCGGAACAGCAUGACCUUAACGGCUGUUUGUGGCUCGUCAACCGUGGUGAUCACGCAGAGGACGGGAUUGACAGACAGGCGCUCAGAGUGAAGACACUUUCCACAGAAAGUUCGGGUUUGGGUGUCGGUGAACGUGUAAAAACAUGAGCACAUCGCUUACGCAUGCGUCCUGACUUGUCGAGAGACUUCUCUUACGGGUGAUUCCAAACGCCCUCUGCCUGCAGGGUGAUGGGCUGCAGGCUUCCUAAGCUGCGGAGGGAGGGGGAGGAGAGGAGUCCCGGGAAGAUUUUUUCAACCCUCCGACGGCCACAGGUGGAGACCAAGGUGGGCGUGGCCUACACCUACCACUUCCUGGACUUCUUGCUGGGGAAAGAAGAGGUGUCUGUGUCGUCAGUACUGUGUCUGUCGUCAGUGAGAGAGUUACCAGUCCAGGUGAGGGAGCUGUAUGGUCAGGGCUUUGUCCUGGUGGCCGUCCAUCCCUUCGUCCACCCCUGUGGCCCCAGACCCGCACGCGUCCAACGCCAGCUACACAGAGCUGUCCUCAUCAGAGAGACACACAGUUCAGAGAAGACCCAGCUGAUGUGGGCAGGCCGUCGCCUGGAGACAGACGUGUGUGUGGCGGGUCAACAGGCCCCCGACCCGGAUGUCAUCCAGAACUACGUGAAGAAGAUCCAGGAUGCGGCAGAGCAAGGUGUUCUGUUUGUGGGCUUCCUGCAGCAGCCUGGUGGGGGACCCUGUUUCCUGGCGCACAUAGACCCUGAAGACCUGUCCUCCCUGCACUCCAGCCCCUCCCCCAUACACAGACACCCCACCAGUACCACUAUCAGCACUACGGCCAGCCCCUCAGAACCCACUAUACCAGACCUCAUCCCUACAGAGUCUACGGAACCCCAUCAGAACCUCUUAGAACCAGAACACGACCGGAACACAGAACUGAAGACACCAGAAUACAAUUCGGUAGAACUCAGAACAAUUGAACAGAAUCCUACGGAUACCAGUCAGUUGGAGCUGGACUUGUGCUCAACAGAACUGGUAGAGGACACACAGGACUCUACUGAAGUAGAAUCAACAGACAGGGAACACAAUCAGACAGGGAACACAGUCAGAAUACCCUCAAUAGAGGAUCAACCAAACCAUAGUCCAGAUGACGCAGCAUACCCACCAGAGACACUGCAGAGUCCCAGCCCAAUAGAUCCAGCCUGUGACCACCACAACCAUGUCCCAACUGAACUCAGUAGCGACCAGGAUCAAUUACAGUCCUGCAACACAAUAGAGACCACAUGUAUAAAGAGACAACAGAAUGAAAGCCAAGUAGACUUCAUCAGGACUCUACUACCAAACUUCAGCCCCGCAGAGUUAACACAUGGACUUGGUGGUCCAGACGCAGACAGACGGCACCAGGAAGACAGACAGAGUCCAAGCCCUCAGGCACAGAACCAGAGACUGAUACCAAAACAGGACCAUGGCACAGACAACUUGGUCCAGUCACCAGAACUAGACAACGGCAACCGCGGGUCAGAAUCCUGGACUGAGAGGGGGUGCAACCAUGGAAACAGGGGUACGGGGGGUGUCCUGGAUAAGUAUCAGAGAAGCAGCAGAGUCCCGCCCCACAACAACAACAAUCACAUUUGGGUCAAGAGUCCAGACAGAGAUAAGAGGGCUGUGGGGUCUCCACCAGCACAGAGAAGAGGGCAACUGUUUGCCCUGUACAACCACACAGGGGAGCUGUCCAGCUCUCUGAGGUUCUACUCCUUCAGGGUUCCACUGGGGCUGCAGAGAGAGGCGGGGCUAGUGACAGAGGUCGAUGCCAACUGGCUAGAUCACAUGACCCAGCAUUUCAUCAGUGGAGCUCGCCUCAUCGACGGUUUCUUUCACCUUGGAGACGACAAUGGCAGCGGGGUCUCCUCUGUGGACAUUGUGUUCAUCUUUCAGAGCUCCUCAGAAGAAACCCCACCCACUUCAUACGACGCCAUCGUGGUGGAGCAGUGGACCAUUGUCGAUAGUGUAGUGGUAAGGACGGACUACAUUCCUUUGCUCCAGUCUCUGGCUCCCUAUGGCUGGAGACUGAUGUGUGUUCUGCCUACUCCCAUCGUUAAGACCAACAGUGAUGGCAGCUUGUCCACUAAGCAGAUCCUCUUCCUCCAGAGACCUAUCUUGCAACGCAAAAGGAAAGACUUCAAGAAGUUGAACCUCAGGGGUCGGAACAAGGCGAAGAAAAACUCUGCCGGAGAAAUGCUGAAAGAGGAGAGAAAGAACAUGUCCCCAGUGAUGGAGAGAGGGAUGGAUGAACAGAAGAGGAACACGGAAGAGGAGGAGAGCAAAGCGAGAAGAAACUGGGACAACAACAGAAAUGAGAAAGGGAGCACCGUAGAGAGAGGAAGACUCAAGAGAGAAGAGGAGGAGAGAGAGUGUGAGAGAAUCUCAAGAAGACUUCCCGCAGAGUACAGAGGGUGUGACCACAGACUUCAACCAGGAAGUAGAGCGGGAGAAUGGCAAAGUCCCAUUGGCCAGACAGGAGAAGGCUGUUAGGUUUGCGGAUGUCAAUCAGAAGAAUGAUGAAGUGAAGUCAGAGGAAAUCACACAGCAGCUGAGUGAAAGAGCGCUGUUUUCUGGAGUAUGUUAAUUAAGAACUGACAGAUAGAAUCCGUGCACAAUAAAGUGUCAGAGGAGUAGU